GAACACCGAAAGCUACGCUUGCGGUACAUGCCUGUGAAUUUUUCACGUCAGGGCACACGCAAGCCAGCCACGUAAUGUUUGAACGUAGGGGCGCCAAGCCUGCGUUUGUAUAGCUAGACAGGGUUUGCAUUUCAUCCCAAAACUCGGGGUUCGAGAGGCUUUAAUACCUUUGAUUGUAAAUAUGCUGAUGGUUUCAUGUGUACCAUUGUGUUGUCAAUCCGAAUAGUCUUAUUUAUGGAAGGAUCAAACCCGUCACUAGCACGACAAUGGCUUGCAAGUGGAACGUUCUUUUCGACGUCGGAGAGGAAUUCGACGAAGAGGAUUUGCUGCAAGCAGACUGGACAGUGCCUUCUGCCCCAGCCACCGCCCUACAGUCCUCGGGUCUUCGAGGGACCUCCACCUCAAAUGCUUCAAAGCAAGCCAUCCCCGCCACAUCCGUUACCACCUCAGAGAAUGAAUCAGAUCCAGUCAGACCAGCGACUCACAAUGUCCCUGGGCAGACUUCAGUUUUGGGGCUCAGGGGUUUUUCUGCCCCUAAGCUUCCCUCUGUUCCAGUUGCUGGGCAGUUCAGCAGCCUAUCUAACAUGAGGAACAGCAUCCAAACUACUGGACUUACUCACCAGAACUCCCUCCCACCCGUUUCAGGUGUCCAUCCGCAGGAUGACUUUGAUGACUGGGACGUGGAUCUCGCUGACUUGGAUGAGAAUGUCGCUCAGAUUGUGCCUGUCCCUCAUGUUAGGGAGCCUGCUCCAGUCCCUACCUCAGCCCCCAACUCUCACUGGCCCUGUGAGGAUUCUGUAUCUCCAACAAAGAGAAUGCGACCCUCAGCCUGUGCCAGUGGCCCGACGACUCCUGGUUCCAAUCUGAGAGGCUUCAACAUUUCUACCCACACCCCUGAACCUCUCGGGAGAGCCCUGAGUUCUAGAGGCCCUUUCACUACCCCCGGUCCAUCUCCAGGUCCAUUCAGAAGCCCGGGAGUUCUCCCUGCGCCUCCACGUAGUCAAGUCAUCCCAAGGUCAGCGAGCAGCUUCUCGUCCUCCCCCUUCCCGAGCCCUUUGACGCCUAGGCUGGGGAGACCGCAGCCUCCUGGUCAGGCGGGCAGUGCCAUGCGGCAGCCCAUGGGUCACGUCAGGGGAGGUCUAUUCCAGGCGGUUUCCCCUUGCCCGUCUGCACACACCUCCACACCUCGCUCCCUCCACACACCUGUCCUGACCAAUCAUCUUGUCCAGCUGGUGUCUGCCUCCAAUAAAACGCCUCAGAGGUCAGGAACGGACCGAGCCCGGCCCAAAACCCGGCGCUUCCCUGGACCGGCUGGACUACUGCCCCAGCAGUUGAGUGGCAAAAGUCUGGAUGACAUUGUAGUGUCGGUUCCACAGACACCCGCCCAUGGUGCUGUAGCUCGACUCAGGACUGAGCUCCCCAGCUCGCAGGCGCCAGAUGGAGAGGACUUCAGUGGGGGCGCCUGGGCCACCAUGAAAGCUGCAAUGAGAUUAGACGAGAAGAACCCCUCCUGUUUCCUGCACUCCUACAGCGUUGCCAUGGUGCUCCGCAAGGCGGCGCUCAAACAGCUAAGCAAGAAUAAAGUUCCCAACAUGGCUGUUGUAUUAAAGAGUAUUCUACACACGCAUGCUGAUGCCAAGGCUGUAUUUACAGACCCAACAGGUGAGAUUCAGGGGACUGUGCACCGCCGUCUCUUCGAGGAUCGACAGGCAGAGCUGAAGACCGGAGCAGUGCUUUUACUCAAACAAGUGGGUGUGUUCUCCCCUUCCCAUCGGAAUCACUACCUGAAUGUCACGCCCAACAACCUGCUCCGGAUCUAUCCGCCAGACGGCAGCCUCCAGCCCUCCACACUCCUAUCCCAGCAUGCCCCGGGGCCAGUGGAGCUGUGGGAUGAGGGCUCCUCCAGGACAGUAGGAGGCCCCGUGUCUCAGAUGGAUCUCCACUUUGAGGAAGAGGAGGAGGAGGAAGAGCUGGGCCACAGUACCAGUAAAGCGCAGGAAGGCCCACUUGAUCCUACAUCUCAUACCAAUGGGCCAUUGCUGACCAAUGAGGCUGCAUGGGACACAGAUGAUUUGGAUGAGUUACUUGUGGAGAUGCCAGUGGAGACCUACUCUGUAUGAUGCCAGCCACCAGAAUAGCGAAACGCAUUACAUAGCAUUCCCUUCAGUAGCUGAGACUCUCACACACACACACACACACACACCUGUUCAUGGUAAACAAUCUCCUUUUGGCGUGGAGCCUAAGAGCCACGCUGGGCAACACACGCACUGUUAGCAGGGUCGACAGCGGAGCCUCGUGUCUCC